AUGGUCAACUUCAAGUGGUCCUCUCUCGCCCUGCUCGCUCUCCGCGCUGUCUCUGUCUUUGCGCAAGAAGAGGCUUUCGGCGAUGAUGCGACCACGGUUCCCGUCUCGCAGCCCGAGCUGAAGGCUGAUGUCCAGACCACCUUCCCCGAUGCCGACAUCUUCGGUGUCAAGCUCGUGAACGGCAAGGUCACCAGGGCUCUUAUCGACAUCACCAACCAGGAGGAGGGCCCCAUCCAGGUCGCCUUCGUUGGCGGUGCCCUCAAGACCACUCGUCCCCUGCCCGAGGACGCGCCUCUCUACACUUCGAUUGUGCGCAACUUGACCGCCACUCGCUUCCAGACCGAGAUCCCGGCUGGCGAGAAGCAGACUCUUCCCUACAACUUUGUCUUGGAUAUGAUGCCUCAGGAUGUCGUUGUCGAGCUUAUUGCCGUCAUCACCAACCCCGCCGGCGAAAUUUUUGAGAUCCAGCUGCACAACGGUCCCGCCGCCAUUGUUGAGGCCCCCACCAGCAUCUUCGACCCCCAGAUCAUCUUCCUCUACCUCUUCCUCACCGGUGUCUUCGGCGCUACCCUUUACUUCGUCUACAAGACCUGGAUCGAGGCUCUCUUCCCCCAGGCUGUCAAGAAGACCAAGGCCCCCAAGAAGGUCAAGAAGGUCGAGGUCUCCGAGCCCCUGUCUGGUUCUGAGUCGGCCGGUGCCACCUCUGGCGGCGAGAAGAACUUUGACGAGAGCUGGAUCCCCUCGCACCAUCUUAACCGUCCCGUUGCCCGCCGCGUCAAGAGCGGUGCCAGCGCCAAGUCUAAGAAGGGCGAUCUAUGA